AUGACAUCAAAACUUUUAACUGAAGCAAUAAAGUCUCGAGUUCGUCGACCAAGUUUAUUUACAAAAUUAACAACUGUAGAAGACAUUAUAAAUAGUGGAUUUUUUAAGGAUGGAAUGAGAAUGGGAUGGUCUGGUUUUACAGGUGUAGGUUACCCAAAGGUUAUACCACUUGCUCUGGCAGAAUAUGUAGAAAAAAAUAAUCUUCAAGGAAAAUUAAGAUUUGAUCUAUAUGUAGGUGCCAGUACUUCUGCUGAAACAGAGAAUAGAUGGGCAAAGAAUGGGAUGAUAGCACGUCGUUACCCAUACCAACUUGGUAGCGUUAUUAGAGAUGAAAUUAAUAAAAACCAUAUCAAAUUUGCGGAUAAACAUCUUUCAGAAUUUCCUUUGGAUUUAUUAUCUGGUUACUAUACACUUGAAAAGAAGGGCAAUGUUAUGGAGAAGUUAGAUGUGGCAAUUGUCGAAGCAACUGCAAUAACAGAAAAAGGAAAUAUUAUUCCUGGAGCUUCGGUCGGAGCUACACCUGAAAUUAUCCAAUCCGCUGCGAAUAUUAUAAUCGAAGUUAAUACUGCAUUACCAAAUUUUGAAGGAUUGCAUGAUAUUACUUUAGGCAAAUUUGCUCCUUAUAAAUUUCCAAAUUUAGUUCAAAGAGUUGAUGACCGAACUUAUAUUCCAUGCGAUUCUGACAAAGUUAUUGCUAUUAUUGAAUCAAAAAUGCCUGACCAAACUUCUGAAAGCCAUAUCCUUGAAUUUUUAGAGAAUGAAGUUUCAAAGGGACGAUUACCACCACAACUUCUCCCCUUACAAUCUGGUAUUGGAAACAUUGCCAAUGCUAUCAUUGGAGGUCUUGCUGAUGGUCCUUUUACUGAUGUUGAAGUAUGGACUGAAGUUAUUCAAGACACAUUUCUUGAUUUCUGGGAACAUCAUAAGCUAUCUUUCGCUUCAGCCACAAGUGUGGCAUUUUCACCUUCUGGAUUUAAAAGAUUUUAUGAAAUGUGGGACGAAUUAAAAGAUCGGCUAGUUCUUAGAAGUCAAAGUGUCAGCAAUUCACCAGAGAUAAUUAGAAGAUUAGGCGUUAUUGCCAUGAAUACUCCGAUUGAGUUUGAUAUAUAUGCCCACGCAAAUUCAACUCAUGUAUGUGGAACAAAAAUGUUAAAUGGAAUUGGAGGAUCUGCAGAUUUUUUAAGAAAUUCUAAGUUAAGUAUUGUACAUACACCGUCAACACGAUCUACGAAGAAAGAUCCCUUAGGAAUUUCUUGUGUAGUACCAAUGUGUUCACAUGUUGAUCAAACUGAACACGAUCUCGAUGUUCUUGUAACAGAACAAGGUCUAGCCGAUGUUCGAGGUUUAGCUCCCAUCGAACGAGCACGUAUGAUUAUUGAUAAAUGUGCUCAUCCUGAAUAUAGGCCGAUUUUGAAUGAUUAUUUAAAUUUAUCCGAAGAGAAAUGUAUGAAAAUUGGAGCUGCACAUGAACCACACAUGUUAGAUAAG